CUAUUUUAUUCACUCAGAGCUGGUACUGGAGCGUCGUCAAUGGGAAGGGAACGCUGCGGUGGAUAAGCGCACACUUUCGCUAACUUCCAGCUGCAUCAUGGUUUGCACCUCGGUUCCCUGUUUGUGGACUAUAUUUUGCCUUCGUUUAUGUUUUUAUGCGAACACUGGAAUAGCACAGAACACAAGAGAAGUUAUCCUUCUGGAUUCAAAGGCGCAGCAGACAGAAUUGGAAUGGAUAGCGUCUCCUCCGAGCGGGUGGGAAGAGAUCAGUGGGCUGGAUGAGAACUUCACACCGAUCCGCACGUACCAAGUGUGCCAGGUGAUGGAGCCCAAUCAGAACAACUGGCUUCGGACUAACUGGAUAGAAAAGGGUGAUGCGCAGAGGAUUUUUGUGGAGCUGAAAUUCACCCUGCGGGACUGCAACAGCCUGCCUGGUGUGGUGGGCACGUGCAAAGAGACGUUCAACCUGUACUACCAGGAGACGGACGCCGAGGUGGGCAGGAAUAUACGCGAGAGCCAAUAUGUGAAAAUAGACACGAUCGCGGCGGAUGAGAGCUUCACGCAAGGCGACCUUGGAGAGCGCAAGAUGAAGUUGAACACGGAGGUACGCAUCAUCGGGCCACUCUCGCGCCGGGGCUUCUACUUGGCCUUCCAGGAUGUCGGGGCCUGCAUCGCCCUGGUCUCCGUCAAAGUCUACUACAAGAAGUGCUGGUCGAUCAUCGAGAAUCUGGCCACGUUCCCGGACACAGUGACGGGUUCUGAGUUCUCCUCGCUGGUGGAGGUGGAGGGCAUGUGCGUUGCCGAUGCUGAGGAGGAGGCCGACAACUCUCCCAAGAUGCACUGCAGUGCGGAGGGCGAGUGGCUGGUGCCCAUUGGGAAAUGUAUCUGCAGGGCUGGAUUUCAUCAAAAGGGUGAUACCUGUGAACCCUGUGGUCGUGGGUUCUAUAAGUCCUCAUCUCAGGACCUGCAGUGCUCCCGGUGUCCAGCCCACAGCUACAGUGACAGGGAGGGAUCCUGGAGGUGCGACUGUGAGGAUGGAUACUACCGAGCCCACUCCGACCCUCCCUCCAUCGCCUGCACCCGUCCUCCUUCAGCUCCCCAGAAUUUGGUCUACAACGUCAACCAGACCACCAUCACCUUGGAGUGGAGCCCGCCAGCAGACACGGGUGGACGCGGCGAUGUCACCUACCGUGUAGCAUGUCGGCGCUGCGGCUGGGAGCCCGAUGAGUGCGUGCCAUGCGGCGGGAACGUGGUGUAUAUGCCUCAGCAGAGCGUUCUGACUGACACCUACGUCAUGAUCAGCGAGCUGCUCGCCCACGCCAACUACACCUUCGAGGUGGAGGCCGUCAACGGCGUGUCGGACCUGAGCCGCACACAGCGACUCUUUGCAGCCGUUAGUGUUGCCACCAGUCAGGCUGCCCCGUCUCAGGUCAGUGAAGUGAUAAAGGAGAGGGUGCAGGAGCACAGUGUUCAGCUCUCCUGGCAGGAACCGGAGCAGCCCAAUGGAGUCAUCACCGAGUACGAGAUCAAGUACUAUGAGAAGGACCAGAAGGAUCGCAUCUAUUCCACGGUCAGGUCGCGGUCAACAUCAGCCACAGUGAACAACCUGAAGUCCAGCACGGCAUACGUGUUCCAGAUCCGGGCGUUCACUGCCGCGGGCUAUGGAAUGUUUGGCCCCCGCCUGGAAGUCACCACCAAGGGGGAGUCAUCGGGCGCUGCCACAAUCGUGUCAAGUGAGCAGAACCCGGUCAUCAUUAUUGCGGUGGUGGCCGUGGCCGGCACCAUCAUCCUGGUCUUCAUGGUGUUUGGCUUCAUCAUCGGGAGAAGGUACGCUCUCGCGGCCCCCGUUGACUCUCCGCUCCUGCACUGUGGAUACAGCAAGGCAGACCAGGAAGGGGACGAAGAACUCUACUUUCAGUUUAAAUUUCCAGGCACCAAAACCUACAUCGACCCUGAAACCUACGAGGAUCCCAACCGAGCCGUGCACCAGUUCGCCAAGGAGCUGGACGCCUCCUGCAUUAAGAUUGAGAGGGUUAUUGGUGCAGGGGAGUUCGGGGAGGUGUGCAGUGGGCGGCUGAAGCUCCCUGGGAAGAGGGACGUCCCUGUGGCCAUCAAGACCCUAAAGGUUGGCUACACAGAGAAGCAGAGGAGGGACUUCCUGUGUGAGGCCAGCAUCAUGGGCCAGUUUGACCACCCCAACGUGGUCCACCUAGAGGGUGUGGUCACUAGAGGGAAACCAGUUAUGAUUGUGAUUGAAUACAUGGAGAACGGUGCACUAGAUGCCUUCCUCAGGAAACAUGACGGGCAGUUUACGGUGAUCCAGCUGGUGGGCAUGCUUCGAGGCAUCGCGGCCGGCAUGCGCUACCUCUCUGACAUGGGAUACGUGCACCGUGACCUGGCCGCCCGCAACAUCCUUGUCAACAGCAACCUCGUGUGCAAAGUGUCCGAUUUCGGCCUGUCGAGGGUGAUUGAGGACGACCCUGAAGCGGUCUACACCACGACGGGCGGGAAGAUCCCCGUGCGGUGGACGGCCACAGAAGCCAUCCAGUACCGCAAGUUCACGUCGGCUAGUGACGUAUGGAGCUACGGCAUUGUCAUGUGGGAGGUCAUGUCCUAUGGGGAGCGGCCAUACUGGGACAUGUCCAAUCAAGAUGUCAUUAAGGCCAUCGAGGAGGGCUACCGUCUCCCUGCCCCCAUGGACUGUCCUCCGGGCCUGCACCAGCUUAUGCUGGACUGCUGGCAGAAGGACCGGGCUGACAGGCCCAAAUUCGACCAGAUCGUCGGUGUCCUGGACAAAAUGAUUCGCAACCCCAACACCUUGAAAACCCCAGUGGGAACAUGCACAAGACCCAUUAGCCCCUUGCUGGACCAGAGCAUGCCUGACUUUGCCUCUUUCUGCUCCGUCGGUGAGUGGUUGGAGGCCAUUAAGAUGGAGAGGUACAAGGAAAACUUCACUGCGGCUGGCUUCAGCUCCCUGGAGUCCGUCGCCCGCAUGACCAUCGAGGACGUCAUGAGUUUGGGGAUCACCCUAGUUGGUCAUCAGAAGAAAGUUAUGAGCAGCAUACAGACUAUGAGGGCUCAGAUGCUACACCUGCAUGGGACAGGAGUCCAGGUGUGACCCAAACCCCUGUAGACACGCCUUGACAAGGGCGGGAAGUCUCGAUAAACAUUAAAAAAAAAAAAAAAAAAAAAAAAAUGCACCGGUGACGGUGCCACCGAGGAUAAUUACAAACAAGAUACAAAGAAGCAAACAAAUACAUUUAAAAAUACCCUAAAAGAACAACAGAAAAACCACGUCUCUCUCGUAUGAUGGUCUGAGAUGGAAUCGUACCUUUAUUCUCUGGUGAAGGAUUUUUGCCCCUUGUUUAGCGAAGGUACUUAACAAAUAAAGAACAAACGAGAGAGUGAUAAAAGAAGGAAAGAAUACUACCUAGACUGGUCAAAAUUCCAGAGACCUUAUCAUUUGUCAUUGGAGAGACAAUGCAUUUUCAAGCAGCUUGAUGCUUGGAACCAUUUUCCCCCCUUUAUCUUACAGCUGGUUGAUUUGCUCAUGGUUAAUAUGGACUUCACUAGGAUAUGGGUCAUUUUUUUAACAAAAAAGAACAAAAAUGCACAAAAGAAAUGAAUCAGUACAAAAAAUAAAUAAACCUUGAGAGUUUGUUUUUUUUCUUUAAUUGUAAUAGCCAUGUUCCAAUUAUUGUGGUAGCCUACAUAAAUUCCUUGCUUCAUUCGCAUUUGACGAUUUGCCUUUUGGAUUUUCGUGUGGAGUUGACGACAGGGUAAAUGCCCCCCACACCCCUGGGUGCCCGGGUGGCAGGAAGCAGUGACUGAACUUUGAACGAGGCCAGCGUGCGCUUCGCCUGCCAGGACCCUUCUGCGGAGGCAUUAGCGGCAAGUCAGAACCUCGCAGUAUUUUCUGGAAGAGUGUCCCACCCCUCUUCCUGAUUCAAGGCGCUGAGGUUUGCAGGAGCACUAUCUGGUGCACCGCGACAGUUGAAAGGUGUUUUGUGUGAAAUUAUUACAAAGACAAUUGAGAACCACUUCUUUUUUUAUGUAAAAACAAGUGCUAUGGUUUCAAUAUUCUAUUAUCUGCAAUAUUUUUUUCUCCAGUUUCUUUCCUGCCUUAUUUUAUUUCUUUUUAAUGCUUUUAUUCAUAAGGUGUCGUCUCCAUAUAGAUAGCACUAUUGAAGACUGUAUUUAAUAUAAAGAUGGCUCGAUCAAAAGUUAAUUGUUUGGCCUGCAAGAUCUGGGGGGGGGUUGUUUUUUGCAGAUAGUGCAGAAUGUUUCAUCUUUCAGUUACUGCAUAUCCAAGCAAUCUGUUUUAGGACCCAUAUUGCUGUUAAAGAUAGGUUGAGGAGUGAUAUUGCCUUAAAACUUUAGAGGCAAAUAUACACUUGUUUAAAGUAUUUUAGUGGCUGAAUAUUUUUUUAUUUUUAAGGACACCUCAUUUUUGCCGAAAGAGGGGUACCUGCGUACCUGCUCAGUUCUCUACACUGACACCAGGUGAAAGUGGACAAGGAGAGAGAGUGUUACAUUUGCAUCUGGAAGAUUGAUUGAUCUGAUUGAUCAAUCAGAGCAAUAAUUAUUGAGAUGGUUCUUCUUUGUGAUGAUAAGGUGCUAUGUAGUUUUUUUUUACACUCUUUGGCAUGUCACAUUACAUUGAUCUUUAGAAAAGGGACAGAAUUUGCAGAGUAUAAUGUUUGUGUGGGUCUUCUCCCUUCCCAAGGAUCUGUUGGGGUUUUCUCUUGCUGUUUUUAGUGUUGCUCUGCUCUUCUUCUCGAGUCGGCAGCUCGAUGAGGCGCUGUGUGCUUUUUCAAACGUUGUUAGAGCCAAUUUCUGGGUGCCAUAACACACUGGGGUUUGUGUUUGUCUCAUCCCCAGUGUGGUAUAUGUGUCUAAACCGACAGAUCAACAGAGUCCCUUUGGAAUUUAGAGAGAGAGAGAGAGAGAGAGAGAAAGAGAGAAAAGUUGAUAUUUCUAGCAGACUGUGUGGUUACUGUAAAAUUACAGAGGAAGAGUAAUCAUUGGUUUAUGCAGUAUUGAAGAGGUCACAUGACAUAUUAAACUUGCAAAAUAUAUGUGAAUGUUUUUCAUUAGCAGGAAGAUGGCAUGACCUUUUUUAAUUAUAAACACUUGCUCCAUUGAUUUGGACGUUCAUUUGAAGUUUAAGGUCAAACCCCACUUUCUACAGCAGUGCUUCAGAAAAGCCUUCAUCUAAUGUACCCCCCCCCCCCCCACCACUAUCCAGCCCUGACGCCAGGGUGUGUGUGUGUGAGAGUGUGUGUGUGUGUGUGUGUGUGUGUGUGUGCAUGUUUGUGUCUGUGUAUGGUUUUGCACAGCACUCUUGGAUCAGACCACACCCUGCAGUUAGAAGUUACAUCUCCUGUCCUUGUGCUGCACUUCCUUGAGCACACAGGACUGUGCCAGCCCUUUGAACUGAGUGUGAGCAGAAAGACCUCUGGUCAGCACAAAACUCCAGCAGCUCCAGUGCCAGAAGCAGGCUGUCAGCUCCUGCUUCCCAUGCUCUGAUAUCUCUCCUGGGGCCCCACUGAGCCCUCGUUGGCCCCUUACCCUUCUCCUAUAGAUCUCGGGGCCCUCACCGAGACAGCAGUUUUGAGCCGAUUUGAGAUUAAUGCCUGGGUUCAAUCGACCCUCACUUGAGGCCAUUGCAGCAGUUCAAUGACAAAUCAGUCAUUCUUUUUUUUCCUGUUUCUCCCAUUUUAAGAUGAGAACUCUUAUAGCUUGACAGUAGGAGGUGAAUUUUGGCAAAGAUGGCCUGUAUUGUGAACUUGGUUGAAUUCAGGGUUAGUGUGUGUUGUUUUAAAAACUUGAGAAAGACCAUGAGGAAAUGUGGAUAUUCCCCCUUUGGAAAAAAAAAAUUCUUUUGGAAGAUUCCAAAGACAUCAGCACUGUUGAUUGUGUCAGAAAGAUCAUAAUGGUUCGAGGGAAACUUUGUAUAUGAUCUAAUUGUAAAACUUGUACAUUUUAUUUAUAUUGUUGUUUCUUUUUUACACAUAUUCCUCAGUAGUGAGCUCUGAAUUCAUUGAAAAUGCACUAUAUUUUUCUAUCUCACUCACAAAUGCUUAGUCACCCGGACUAUUUCAGAUGUACAUAAUUUCUCAUUUAGGACCAAAGACAGCUGAUAGGUUUCCAUUUUAGAUGUUUUUUUUUUUUUAAGUUUUAUUAUUUUUGCCUUUUGGGUUGAAAUGUACAGUAAAACAAAUUGUCAAUUUAUUAUUUAUUUUUCUGUGAGAGGAGUACGGAGAGUAUUCAUUGAUCAAAAAGUAUUUUCCCCAACUGGAGAUCUGUAAAGUCAUUUCCCUAGACUGUUUUUGUUUUUGGUUUGUUUCUUUAUUUUUGCUUUUUAAUCUUUGUAAUAGACUGUACAUAUAUUUUUGGAAAUAUAAUACUAUCUCUAUAGAAAUGUGUGUGGUUUUAAUAAUCUUUGUGAUUUCUUUGUAAGUAUGAGCACACUGAUUUGGGGUGUAUAUAAGAUGAACACUGGUUUUAAAGGGCUCUCAUGAAAAGACCAUCAGGAAUUACAGCAAUUAUAAGCUUAUAUAGAAUAAGAUGCAUCGUCUGUGCUAAGAAAUAUAUAUUUAGUAGACUUUCUGUGCUAUGUCUACUUAAUAUACAUUAUCAUUUUAA